CCCAUGUCAUUAGAUCAAGCUAAUUUAAACAUCCAACUUUUCACGUAAAUGGUUGAUAAAAAAGUUUUCUAAAGAGUAUAAUUUAUUCGCAUUGCGUUUUGUUGUAUCUAGUGUUCAACAAAGGCUAUUCUUUGUUAACUAUGGCAGACGAGGGUAAUGAGGAUAGUUGGUUGUACGGGAACGCGCAUCAGGAGGGAAAAGAUGAAACCGUAGUUGGCGAAAAAGAUGAUACUUUCGGUGUUGUUCCUCAGCAAGAAGUGGAUAAGUCCAAGGAGGAUGGUCAAAAUAAAGCGAAACGAUCACAUGAUAGUUUUUCGGAUGGGGACCAUCAUGACGAGGCUGACGAUAAUGCAAUGGAUUCAAGUGAUGUUCAGACAAGAGAAGAAACCGAACAUCAAAACGAUGAAUUUCAAGGUGAAGAUGAUUCCCAGCUACAGGAAGAUGAAAGCCAACAAGAAAAACGACACGAACGGAGUGACGGUGAAACGGAUACUGAUGACAGCGAUGAUGAUGAUGAUAUAAAUGUAGUGAUAGGGGACAUAAAAUCCGGCCCGACUUAUAAUAUAGUUAAACCAAGGGGUCCGAUAGUUCCACCACAAGUUGCACAAACUGCACCAGGGCAAGACAAAGCAAAACAACCAUCUGGAAAAUUUAGUAUCGAUGAGUUCGAAAGCGUUGGUACGAUUAACGGUGUUCCAGCACACGAAUUCAGCAUUGAUUCUUUGGAUGAGAAACCAUGGCGAAAACCUGGUUCAGAUAUAACCGAUUACUUCAAUUAUGGAUUCAAUGAAGAAACAUGGAGAGCUUAUUGUGAGCGUCAAAAACGUAUGCGAAUGCAUGAAAGUGGAGUGGGUUUGCAAGGGCUAACAGUAAAUAAUCCUCAAGCGGCUCAGCCACAGCCACACUGGAGACAGGGACCGCCCCCUCCAAGAAAGAUGAAUAAUGGCAUUGACGUAAUCGGUGGUAUGAAUAUGCAUCCGCGAGUCGAUGGAGAUAUGAUGCCCAGACAUCCUAAAGAAAACGUUAUUCAAGUUAUGACUGCCGAUCGUCGCGAGUACAGUCGUUCUUCUAACAAAUAUGAUCCAUCCAUGGGUCCUCCGCCAUUUGGAGCUCCACCCGAAUUUUAUCAUAACGAGCCAGACUACGGUGAUUACGGAUACGAACCAACGCAGGAAUCACAGUGGAAUCAGGAAAGUUCCUGGCAACCUCACGGCAUCAAAACACUUACGCCAGGGCCACCACCCUCAAUGCUUCCGCCUGGAAUGGGUAUUCCUCCGCACAUGGAGAUGAUGCCCCCACCUAUGCAACCAGGAAUGGGUAUGGGACAUGCUGGAAUGGGUCCUCCUGGGAUGCGCAAUCAUGAUCGGGAUCGUACAGAACGUGACCGAGACCGUGACCGUGAUCGUGAUCGUGAACAUCAUGGUAAAACACGCGACCGCGAACGUGAUCAUCGUCGAGAUCGUGACAGAGAUAGAGAUCGGGAAAUGUUUCUUAAGAGCGAAAGCGUAGAGUCAGAGCGCUCCCGAAGUGAAAAACCUGAAAGGGAUUCCGAGAAAGAUAAACGUGCUUCUAAAUCGGAUCGUCACAAAGAAAGAUAUCGAGAACGCUCGCGUAGUCGUGAAAAGUCGAAAUCUAGAAGAAGAUCUCGCAGUCGCGAACGUGAGCGCCAUAGUAGUCGUUCAGAUAAGAAAAAGUCUCACCGCAAGGAUAAGGAGGAAAGUGAUUGAAGAGUAACGAAAUUUGUAUUAAUGAUUGUAAUUUCCCAUUUUACAAAUGAAUGUGCAUAAAUAAAAUACACUAUGCUAAUAAUUUAACUGAGUGUAAA